AUGACUAUCCACAUUCUGAGCCGCGAAAAAUCUGGUCUUUUCCGGCCCCUGACCAUUGGCAAUGGAGGCAUUACCCUCCGCCACCGCAUCAUUCAUGCGCCCCUAACCCGCAAUCGCGGAGAACCUGCAAACCCUAUCAGCACCGCAGAAAAUCCUAAUCGAAUCUGGGUGCCUGGUGAUCUUAUGAUCAAUUACUAUUUCCAGCGUGCCAGCGAGGGCGGACUGAUCAUCUCCGAGGGUAUCCCUCCUUCUCUCGAGAGCAAUGGCAUGCCGGGAGUGCCUGGGAUUUUCACCCCCGAGCAAGCCAAUGGCUGGAAAAAGGUUGUCGAUGCCGUCCACGCCCAGGGUGGCUACAUUUAUUGCCAACUGUGGCACGCUGGCCGUGCCACCAUCCCCCAGAUGACUGGUUCGCCUGCUGUGUGCCCCUCGCCCAGUGCGUGGGACUCUCCCACGGAAUGCUAUUCGCACCCGCCCGUAGGCUCCACCGAGCCCGUCCCAUACGCGUAUCAUCCGCCGAUCGAGCUGUCCGUGGCGCAUAUCAAGCAAACUAUUCAGGACUAUUGUCGCGCCGCCCGAACUGCCAUGGAAAUUGGCUUUGAUGGCGUCGAAAUCCACUGUGGCAACGGUUACCUCCCGGAGCAGUUUCUGAGUUCCAAUAUUAACAAGCGAACGGACGAAUAUGGCGGUACUCCUGAGAAGCGGUGCCAGUUUGUCUUUGAGCUGAUGGACGAGGUCGCGAAAACUAUCGGCGCACAGAACCUUGCUAUUCGUCUCUCGCCAUUCGGUCUGUUCAACCAGGCCCGCAGUGAGCAGCGGGUUGAGACCUGGACGUAUCUUUGCCAAGGCUUGAAACAGGCUCACCCGACCCUCUCAUACGUCAGCUUCAUUGAGCCGCGUUAUGAACAAAUCUUUAGCUACGAGGAGAAAGAUUCCUUCCUCAAGAACUGGGGCUUGCUUGAUGUCACCCUUGACAGGUUCCGGGAGAUUUUCGGCUCCACCCCCUUCUUCUCUGCAGGCGGCUGGGACGACCAGAAUUCAUGGGGCGUGGUCGAGUCAGGCAAAUACGAUGCCCUUCUCUACGGUCGCUACUUCAUUAGCAACCCCGAUCUAGUAGACAGGCUGAAGAAGGGCCUCCCGCUAGCGCCAUACGAUCGCACCCGUUUCUACGGACCUUUCGAGGACAAUGCUUUCCACUACACUGACUAUCCCACUGCGGGUAAUCAGUGA